AUGAAAUUAUUGUAUUAUAUUAUAAUCCUUGAAUAUGGCACCAUCCUCUGGGACCCAUCCACCGCUUCUGCACGUAGCAUGAUAGAAAGGGUUCAAAGAAAAUUCCUCCGUCAUGCUGCUUUCAAAUUAAACAUAUUCUGCCCACCUCACGAUUACACGCCAAUCCAACGAAUUUUUUCCUUAGAAAGUCUCGCCGAUCGUCGCCAUUCAGCCAACUUAACAUUUCUUUCUAAUCUUCUUUCCUCUAAAAUAGACAGUCCUGAAUCACUAUCCCGUGUCUCAUUUAAUGUUCCCUCCCGUCGUACACGAUCAUCUGUUCCAUUUAAUAUUCCUUUCUCUUCCUCAAACUACUAUCUUAACUCACCGAUCAUCCGUCUUAUGCGCAUUGCCAACACUGACCCUUCAUUCUCACUCUAA